CCUACAACACGUUAUCAGCACCAGCACGAUGCCCUAACCCUAGCUUCUCUCUUACUCUUUCCGUUCUUCUCUAUUCAGGCUCCGGUGUCCUCCAAGUAUUUUCUGAGUCGGCAUUUUCUUUCUGCAGUUUGACGUUUCUUUCUUCUAUUUGCCCAGAAUGGAUCGCCAGAUCUGUAUUUGAUGGUCAAAGCCAUCACCGCCCCUCAUAGCCGGAACAGCUGGCCGCCCCACGAAGACGCCCUUCUCAGUUGACUAUGCUCGGAGCAGGAUUGUGGACACCGCCAACCACAUUAAGGAUUACGCCGGGGGCUACCUUCAUGGGAAGGACAAAGACGUUGCUCCCAUUACAGAUGGAUGCAGAUGAUCGAUCUAUAUGUUUAUCCAUUACAGAUGGAUAUCUAUUUAGAUGGAUAUCCUUCCUUUCCUUUCUUAGUUUAAUUUGUUAUUCAGUGAACGGUUAUCUAUUUAGGCCGCCCCUCUUAGUCAGCGUUUUAGAUUGCUCGUGGGUAUUGCAAGCAGAGGACAAAAGAACGUGGAGGCCCCCUCCCACUAGCUCAGUCGCGCCUCCAGCAGUCCAGCCGCCAGCAAUUCAAUCACGCUUGGCCGCCUUCCAACGGCUGCGACUCAUCAAUUCCCGGAUCUCUGUUGAGAGUUUUGAAGAGGCAACAAGACACAUACAACAUUCUAUCUACAACUCAGCACAAGGGGGAGUGUUGAAGGAAAAUCUAUGUUGUGUGCUAUCAUUUAGAUAGAAUAUGUAUUAGGGCUUUUCUAUGUAAAUGAUGUAUUAUGGGCCUAUUGGCCCGUACUUGUAAACC